AAUUUGUUAGUCAGUUUACUUAUCGAGAAAACACACGACACUCGUGCGGUGUGCACUCUCAACUAGUCGACCCUCACUAGCCAAUUAUUUAUACGAACGCCGAGGGCCACAAAGCGUCAGUGUGUUUUUUAUACGGCGUACAUACGCAGCAAUAAAAGAAGAAUCAUGGCACCAGUGGACGGAGUAGACAAUGAGAUUAAAUCAUCAGCCUUGGACCUCAUCGGCAAUACACCCAUUGUCGCUCUCGACCGCAUCUACCCAGGGCCCGGCCGCAUUCUUGCUAAAUGUGAGUUCAUGAAUCCUGGCGCCUCGAUCAAAUGUCGUUCAUCACUGCACAUGAUACGGAAGGCGAAGGAAUCCGGCGAGCUGAAGCCAGGACAACCAGUCAUUGAAGUAACGUCGGGUAAUCAGGGAUGCGGCCUUGCUGUUGUGUGUUCAGUACUGGGACAUCCACUCACAUUGACUAUGUCCAAGGGUAACAGUGUGCAGCGAGCUAUUCAUAUGGAAGCUCUAGGUGCAAAGUGCAUCAGAGUACCGCAAGUAGAAGGGACAUACGGAAACGUUACUCUGGCAGAUGUCCAGGCCGUUGAGGAAGUUGGUUUAAAGAUUGUCGAGGAAACUAAAGCAUUUUACGUGAACCAGUUUAACAAUGAAGGGAAUUCUGAGUCUCACUAUUUGACUACUGGCCCUGAGAUUUGGAAACAAACGGGACAACAUGUUGAUGUGUUCUUGGCAACCGUUGGAACAGCCGGUACGUUCGCUGGAACUUCGAAAUAUUUGAAAGAGAAAAAUCCCAAAUUGUUAUCAUUUGUAGUGGAGCCUGCUGGUUCUGAGCCAAUCAAAGGUGAACCAAUUACAAAGCCAUUGCAUCUGCUACAAGGUUCUGGGUAUGGAUGUGUUCCAAAUUUAUUUAAAUUUGACUUCAUUGAUGGGACUGUGAGCGUAACAGACGAAGAAGCAGUUAAAUAUAAACAACUUAUCGGUGAGAAGGAAGGACUUUACGUCGGAUACACGAGUGGUGCUAAUGUUGCUGCAGCAAUGAAACUCCUGGAGUCUGGUCGUGUGCCCAAGGAUUCUUGGAUAGUAACUACUUUAAACGAUACCGGAUUGAAGUAUACACCUGUACCAGAAGAAUUAACCCAUUAAUUUAAACUUUUGUUGUGUUUUUCAUAUAUUAAAUUAAUGAUAAGAAUAUUAUUAAGCCAAGCAGAUAAACGUGAUUUUUAAGUCUUGAUGGCUGUUGGUUCUGUCUACCCCGCAAGAUAUAAGAUAUAGACGUGUUUAUGUAUGUAUAAGAAUAUAUUUUUGUGCAAUGUACAAUAAUAAGUAUACACAAUAGUGCGACAACCAGAAGAUUAAUAAAUCAAAAUUUUGAAACA